CCCUCCAUGCCAGCGAAUGAAAAACUCACCUAGAGUGGUCUCAGUCACAACAGCUGCACGACUUUGUCCAUUUAAUCCAGUCUACGUGUAGGCCACUAUCUACGUGUAGGCCACUAGAUCUACGUCCUGGUGGUUAGUAUGAGAUCUACAUUACAGUCAACUUUGUAGCCUGGGGAACAAACACAUGCUUUGUGCUUUUUGUAUCGGUCUUCACAGUUGGGGUAUCUAAAGGAUAACUCACGUCCACGCCUACUGCCAUCUAAACGAGCUUCAAAUCAAUAUCAAAACAAAAGUUACUACCACAAAUAAUGUCAGCAGAACCUGCACAUAUCAGCCUGUUGCUGAUUGGUAAAACUGGUAGUGGCAAGAGUUCCACUGGUAACACCAUUCUGCGGGGAGCCUAUUUUAAGUCUGGUUCCAGCACUAGCUCCCUGACCAAAACUAUUGACUUGGGGUAUGGUGAAUUUGAGGGAACACAGUUGACCGUAGUGGAUGGACCGGGGGUGGGGGACACCGACCUCUCCCAGGAAGAAGAUUGCCAUGCUUGCAUCCGUGAGUUUACAAAAGCUAUCAGCCUCCACACUGAAGGUUACAACGCUUUCUUACUUGUUGUCAGAUAUGGUGAGAGAUUCACGCACGAGGACGAGCAAGCAGUACAACUUCUCAAAAGUAUUUUUGGUGAGGAUUUUGUCAGAAAGUGGUGCAUACUUAUCAUGACGCAUGGGGGGGAUUUUGAUGAAGAAGAAAAUGGAACCAACUUCAAGGGCUGGUGCCAACAGCAGACAGGGAGCUUUAGAUUUUUGUUUAAAGAGUGCCAGAAGCGAAUCAUCUUGUUUGAAAAUAAAACUAAAGAUGAACAAGUGAAGAAGGAUCAAAUGAAUCAACUGAUUGACAUGGUCAAGAUGAUCAGUGACCUCCCGUAUGUGGAUGCCAACUUUAAAAAGGCCCAGAAAAAAAGGGACAGUCUGUUGGUUGAGUUGAAGCUGCCAGUUCUCCAAGAGAGAUGCUGGAGGGAAGCCAGUAUCAUCACCCAGCACCUGACUAGGAUACAGUUCAAUGACCUGGACGCCCAGCUCACCAGUCUCACAGAAUUAAAAACUCGUGCUCAAACUUUGCUGGCUGAUAUCAAAGAGCAGGACAAAAACACUGGAACAUUGAAAGGAGUGAUUCAAACCGCUGAGAAAAUUUGUCAGAAUGUUGACACUCAGAUUGCUGCUACCCUUGAGGUCAGGAGAAAACAACAGGAAAGAAAACAGUGGGAGCAAGAGAAAGAAAAGUUAGAGGAACAAUGUCGCCUGCAACAAGAUGUGGAGAGACAAUAUCUGAUGGACAAAAUUUCUAACUUGGAGGAAGAAAUGAGAAAAAUUGACAGAAAAAAUGAGGAGAUGCUGGAAUUACAGAGAGAGCAAGCAACGUUGUUAGAGAAGGAACAGAAAAAGGAAAGGGGAAACAUUUUUGUGGAUAUAAUUCAGACUGUUGUGGAGUUUAUCUUACCUAAAUUGAUUGGUAAAGUUGGUAGCUUUAUAAUUGGGCGUGUAGCGAGAAUAUUUACUUCAAAAAAAUAAAGACUGGACAUUUCAACUCUAACUGGACAUACUAAACACCCACUGGACACACGUAAUAGUGAGCAGACACAUAUUCAUUAUACUGCCACACACUGUAUGACACAGUCACAAUAAGCAGACACAUACAUACAGACAAAAUAAGCAGACACAUAUAGUUGACUGAAUGCCCAUCACAAUGGGACUGAAUAAGCAGACACAUAUAGUUGACUGAAUAACAGACACAAUAAGCAGACACAUAUAGUUGACUGUAUGACAGUCACAAUAAGCAGACACAUAUAGUUGACUGAAUAACAGACACAAUAAGCAGACACAUAUAGUUGACUGUAUGACAGUCACAAUAAGCAGACACAUAUAGUUGACUGAAUGCCAGACACAAUAAGCAGACACAUAUAGUUGACUGUAUGACAGUCACAAUAAGCAGACACAUAUAGUUGACUGAAUGCCAGACACAAUAAGCAGACACAUAUAGUUGACUGAAUGAGUCACAAUAAGCAGACACAUAUAGUUGACUGAAUGACAGACACAAUAAGCAGACACAUAUAGUUGACUGAAUGAGUCACAAUAAGCAGACACAUAUAGUUGACUGAAUAACAGACACAAUAAGCAGACACAUAUAGUUGACUGAAUGACAGACACAAUAAGCAGACAUAUAGUUGACUGAAUAACAGACACAAUAAGCAGACACAUAUAGUUGACUGUAUGACAGUCACAAUAAGCAGACACAUUUAGUUGACUGAAUGUCCAUCACAAUAAGCAGACACAUAUAGUUGACUGAAUGUCCAUCACAAUAAGCAGACACAUAUAGUUGACUGAAUGUCCAUCACAAUAAGCAGACACAUAUAGUUGACUGAAUGACAGACACAAUAAGCAGACACAUACAGUUAACUGAAUGUCCAUCACAAUAAGCAGACACAUAUAGUUGACUGAAUGACAGACACAAUAAGUCAAUAAGCAGACACAUAUAGUUGACUGAAUAACAGGCACAAUAAGGAAGCACAUUCUACCAGACUGACCUUGUGAUAAUGUGAAAAAAAAAAGUUUCAUUUUCAGCAUUUUAAAAUAGUUAUACUUUUAGUAUACAUAGCUGUUUAAAACAUUUUUUAAAUAGUCUAAAACAGAACUUGGGUUUUAUAUCUGUAAAGAUCUGUGUUUCAAAAGGAAGGGUGCUUUAGUUUAGAAUCAAUGACAAACUGAAGGUUUUGGAAACUCCCUGGCUAUCAAAACUUCUCAUUGGCUUAUGGAUGGUACUAUCAAAACUUCUCAAUGGCUUAUGGAUGGUACUAUCAAAACUUCUAAAUGACUUAUGGAUGGUACUAUCAAAACUUCUCAAUGGCUUAUUGAUGGUACUAUCAAAACUUCUCAAUGGCUUAUGGAUGGUACUAUAAAAACUUCUCAUUGGCUUAUGGAUGGUACUAUCAAAACUUCUCAUUGGCUUAUGGAUGGUACUAUCAAAACUUCCCAUUGGCUUAUGGAUGGUACUAAAGUAUCAAAUCAGCUUGGCACUCUAUCCACAUAGUACAUAGUCAACAGGAAAUGUACCCAGAGCUCCAACAUGAACUAAAAGCCUUACACACAAGCCAAACAAAUGACUUGAAUGGUUGAUUCCGAAUACGUAGUGAUUAAAGUAAAAACUAAUAAGGUGUUUCUCAAUGUGUGGGUUUUAUCCUGUCAAGAUAAUCUGUUCUUUUUUAUUUAUGUUUUGGUCACAGGAGUUUUAGUAUGGUGAGGGUGGAUGUAUGCGCUGAGGUUUUGUGUUGUUUUAUACAAAAAGAAUACAAUUGAGUUUGUCAUUAGUCUUGAAAAUGAACAAGUCUCCCACUAAAUCCCUUAAAAAAACUCCACUUACUAACAAAUAGCUCCUGAUAUUUCCAGCAAACAAUGUAAAGAUGUCCUCAAAAUUGUCAUAAAGUGUAGAUUUCAAUCAUUA